AUGACCACGCUGCCAAAGGGAGCGAUCGAGAAGCUGAUGCGUGAGGCCGUGGGCGACGACGUGUUGAUCUCCAAGACGACCAUCGACUGGGUCAAAGAGUGCGCUGGCGAGCUCCUGCUGUUGAUUGGACAAGAGGCCAAUAAAGUGGCAGAAGGAGCGGCGAAGAAGGAGAACUACCGGAUCGCCCACGAGCACGUGAUGACGGCACUCGAGCGUCUCGGAAUGCAGCGAUACGCAGAUGAGAUCAAAGAACGCCACGCCGUAGUGGACAUCGAGACGCAGAAAAAGCAGACGCGAACGGCGUUGCGGAAAGCAGCGACUCUAGCGGCUUCACGGGACGAAUUAUUGGCGGAGCAGACGGCUUUGUUCAAGCAGGCGUCCUUAGAUGCGACGAGGGAGGGGUGGUGA